AUGUCAGAUAUUGCGAAGCUUCAGGCUACACAGUGCAGCCUACCGCAUGAGUCUCAGACAUCCAAAGUUCUUGCCAUUCUUAUCACGGUAUACAUACUCGCGGCCGUUGCUGUUGGACUGCGGUUGGUUGCAAAGAGCCUUGCGAAAACAUGGAAUCUAGAUGAUGUCUUGAUAAUAUCCGCCUUGAUUAUUGCCAUUGCUCCCGUGUCGUUCAUCAUUGUUAUAUACGCUGCCGAGAUUGUAUACGUCUUUGUACUACUAUUCGCAAAGCUUUCUCUAGUAGUCUUCUACUUGAGAAUCUUCACGGUACCGAAAUUUCGCAUUGCCGCAUACUCAUUAAUCGGAUUCCUCGUUAUUGGACAAGUUGUCAUCGGGUUUCUGACAAUCUUCUCCUGCCACCCUAUCGAGCUGUUCUGGAACAGGGACAUUCACACGGGCGGCUGCCUCGACGUCAACCAACUUGCAUAUGCCAACUCAGCACUAGCUAUCAUCCAAGACCUGAUCAUUCUCGCAUUGCCCAUAGCAAUGCUUCCUGGUCUGCAAAUGAACCGUAACAAGAAAAUAUCGGUAGCCAUGGUCUUCCUGCUCGGCUCAGUUGGGUUCAUCUCCACAAUCAUUCGGCUCCAGGUUCUCGCGGUUUUUGGCAACUCUAUCGACCCAACUUGGGAUUACGCUCCUGUGGUGUGGUGGACGACGGUCGAGCUCGGCGUGGUUAUUGUGUGUGCUUGCGCGCCCAUGAUCCGCAACCUUGUCGAGAGAGUGUUUCCGGGAUUUGCGAUCUUCACCAAGUGGACAUCACCAAAGUCCUCAAAAGAGGCCAGCUUCCCCUCGAGCGGUAGCGAGAACUCACAUAAGGCGGGGCGAUAUCAAAAGUUUGGGCGAGCCAACAGCCCACCUCAGUUCAGCGACAACUACGUCCGCGAUUACCUCACGAGUCCGAGAGGACCACCGGUACCACCCAAAGACCAGCAAACGUGCAGCCAUACGAUCUCUCUUGGAGGUCUAUGA